CCACAAUGCCACUGUUUUUAACAAAAUAUUAGAUGUUUCUAUUUUGCAGUAAAACUGGGUUCAUUCCACAUCAACAUAGGAAUCAUCCCACUUUUUUUUUUUGAGGCCCCAGUCCGUUGCAGAAUAAGAAUAAGGCUCACAACUUUUGUUAUCAGGUCCGUACUGGAGCACACUUUCUCCAUGACAGGAUGAAUGUCGGCACGAGGCGCCAUGAUGGGAAUCUUAGUGGGACUUUAUCAGUGCUAAUUUUCGCUUGUUUCUUACGCCACCUUAAAAGUAAAGAAAAUUGCAGCAUCAAUUGAAUUUUCAGUUACAAUUGUCAGUCGUUGCAGGUAGUACACAACCUUGAGCAUACUUCUUUCAUGACUUUUUUUUUAUUAUAGUUUUCGGCGGUGGGGAAAGUGGUGUUUGUGCAGUCCUUCAGCACUUAGAAGAAAAUCGCAGCAUCAAUUGAAGUUUCAGUUACAAUUGGCAGACAAUGCAGAGGUGCUCAGGGUGACGGUGCAGAGUGUUCAUUAUGUUGAUAUGAGAUUGCAACAGGUCCACAUUAAGAUGAAGGUAUUCAGAACAUGAAUAUAUUGGGCAAUGGCUUUAGAUCCUGCAUAUGUUUCACAAAAUUUGCAAUAUCCAGAUGACUCCAAUGGUAAUCCUCUCUUCUAAAUUUUUGUCACAAAAGGGAACCAUGCUUUGGAUGGUUAUCGGAUGAUGAAAAUUCUCCAGAAAGAUAUGAUAUGACAAAGAAGAAUGUGCAAUGGGUACAAAAUACUGGUGAGAAUGCUGCUAGUUCAAGAUCAGUUAAGUCUCCACGUAAAGUAAUGUUUUCAGAUGAUAUACAAAUGCAUGGAUCUGAUGACAUAAAGAGCAGAAUGGGCAGAAUAUAUUCUGCCAAAAUGAAUAGUAGAACUGGCAGAAAAUAUGUUGGUGACAUGAAUAAUAGAAUUGGCAGAAGACAUUCUGAUAAAAUGAAAAGCAGAGUGAGCAGAACACAUUCUGAUAAAAUGGAAAGUAGAAUGGGUAGAUCACCUUUUGAUGACAUGAAUAGGGGAGUUGGCAGAACGUAUUCUGAUGACAUGAAUGUUAGAACGGCCAGAAUUGAUGAUGAUGAGAGAAAUAUUAGAAAAGACAGAAAACACUCUUGGGUUCAUGCAGAAAAAUAUUCAUCCUACCCUGAGAGGACAUCACCCUUCUCUCUGAGAGCCUACCAAAGAAGAGGACCCAAAAUGAAGGACCGGAAUAGAGUCCAGAAUCAUCACAUGAAACUUUUGGAGCAGGGCAUUUGUUACGAUUUAAAAAGAAACUUACAUGAAUGGCCUUACAGGAAAGAUAAUCAGAUAUAUCCAAUAAAAGAUAAAAGAAUCCUUUAUAGCAGGAGGUACUUUGCUGAUAUGAGCCAUGAAAGAGAGGAACAAACAGCUAUUGACAAACCAGUCAAAUCCUAUAAGAAGCGUAGGUGCCAUGUGAAGGAAAUUGCUUGUCCGAGAAAUCGUGAUGAGGCGUUAAGCUCCUUUUCAAGGAGAAUUUUUUUUGACAAUUUCCAGAAUUCUGAAAGAAAAACUAGAUGGACCAUGAAAUAAAGUAAAAUAUAAAAAAUAUUUAUAUUUUCUGUUUUGUGGUAAAGGCAAUUCAUUUUUCCUUUUGUUCCCAUGACAGCAGCAGCAUAAAUUUUCACUUGGGCAUUUGCUAUUUUUACAGUCUAGUUGAGACUAUCUUUUUCCAUUAAUAAUGAACAUUUUAUAUUUCA